AUGGCCGAUGCAGCUAUAAGCGCUACUAUUCAGGUUGCAUUGGAGACGGUUAUUUCCCUCACCGCUGAUCGUGUUAGUUUGGUUCUUGGAUUCAGAGAGGAGUUGGAGAGACUAUGCAACACUGCUGAAACCAUCCGAGGUAUCUUGGCUGAUGCCGACGGGAAAAUGCAUAUCCCAGGGGUGAAAAAUUGGCUCAAGCAGCUUGAAGGAGAGCUUUUUGAAGUGGAGAAUGUGCUGGACAAGCUCAACUAUGAAACUCUUCAUCGGGAGGUGAAGUAUAGAAAUCAACUCAAGAAAAAGGUAUGUUUCUUCUUCUCAUACUUUAAUACAAUUGGUUCUCGUUCAAGGUUGGCUUCAAAGAUUAGGGAGAUCAACAUGAACCUAGAAAGGAUCAAUCGGCAGGCAAAUGACUUGGGACUGGUCUUCCGGUUCCAAAUUGAAGCCGCACUCCCUGCUGCUGCAGGAGCCACAACAAGCCGACAUACCGACUCUAUUCUUGUUCCAAAUGUUGUAGGAAGAGUCCACGAUGAAUCAAAGAUUGUGGACAUGUUAUUGAGUCCAUUGACAAGGGUUCUUUCGGUUAUUCCCAUGACAGGCAUGGGAGGUUUGGGAAAAACAACUCUAGCGAAAUUAGUCUACAAUGAUCCAAAAAUAGAUGGGCACUUUGGCCAAAAAAUUUGGGUUUGUGUGGCUAAAGAACAAAUUAAGAUAAUGGAGCUGUUCAAGCUCAUUUUAGUACAAUUGACACGAGAAGAAGUCAAAGUGGAUGACAGGGAUGUUAUCGUUAAAAAAAUUGGAGAAAAGCUCAAGGGACAAAGAUAUUUCCUUGUUCUUGAUGAUGUGUGGGAUCAUGAACAAGGAUUGUGGGAUGACUAUUUCAACACUUUGAUGGGACUCAACGAAACCAAAGGAAGCUGGUGUCUUGUCACCACUCGUCUGGUACCAGUGGCAAAUGCUGUGUCUAGACCUUUGAAGAUGAAUGGUGGUCCUUAUUUCUUAGGAAAGCUACCAGACAAUGAGUGCUGGUCUAUCCUGAAAGAAAUGGUAAUUGCAGGGGAAGAAGUACCAACAGAAUUGGAAGCAAUAAAGAAUCAGAUUUUAAGAAAAUGUGAUGGCUUACCAUUGGCAGCUAAGUUAAUUGGAGGUUUGUUGGUUAACAAGAAGAAAGAGGAGUGGAAAUCUAUCAUGAAGGAGAGUCACACAAACGAAUAUCAAAGCGAGAUUGAUCAAAUACUUAAGGUGAGUUUUGAUCAUUUGUCACCUGCAUCAGUUAAAAAAUGUUUUGCAUAUUGUUCAAUUUUCCCCAAGGAUACAGAUUUGAAACAAGAUCUAUUAAUUGAGCUUUGGAUGGCGGAAGGUUUUGUUCAACCAGAUCACCAAAACCAAAGAUUGAUGGAGGAAAUAGGGGCUGAUUAUUUGAGGAUUUUGUUACAAAAUUCCUUAUUGGAAAAAGUAGAAGAGUCGUGGAGAACAUAUUAUAAAAUGCAUGAUCUCGUGCAUGAUUUUGCAAAAUCAGUUCUCAAUCCUCAAAGCAGCAACCAAGAUCGCUACCUUGUAUUAAACUCAUAUGAAGAAAUGGCAGAAAAUGUCAGAAGGAAUAAAUCAGCAUCACUUCGUACAUUAUUUCUCCAUCUAGAGAGUCGCAUAUCUGCCGACAUGUUAUCAAGAUUCAAGCACUUGCAUGUUCUAAAAUUGUCAGGGGAACAUGUCACGUUUUUGCCAAGCUCCAUUGGCGAACUACUGCACUUACGGUUGCUUAAUAUUUCAUAUUCUGAAAUCACCAGUUUGCCGGAAUCUCUUUGCAAGCUAUAUAAUUUGCAGACACUAACGAUGAGCGAUGAUGCACUUGAAGGAGGUUUUCCAAACCAAAUGAGCAAUUUGAUCAGCUUGCGUCAUCUAAACUACAACCAUGAUGAUGCAGAAUUUAAAAUGCCGAUGCAUAUGGGACGAUUGGCUUGUCUUCAAACUCUCAUGUUUUUUAAUGGUCAUUGGAGAUCAGAAAUCUUGGACUAG